UAUGUCAAAACAACCACUGACGUUCGGUACGAGAUGAGAUCCGCUAGUGAUGCCGUAAUAGAUUAGAUUCUGAGGUAAUUGUGCAUUGUGAGUUCUUAUUGACAUUUUCAUGAAUGAGUGCCCAAGACACGACUUCGGAUAUUAUGCAAACAAUCGUAUUACGUUGAGAUUCAACAACUUGCAGGGGAGCUGCGCAUUUCAUUGUCGCGUGUUUGGACUUUUCUUGUGAAUGGCGUCAAAUUCCUCGGUCGGCAAGUUCAUUUGUGGCGCAGCAUUGGCAGUGUUCCUUUAUUAUUUCUUCUGGGUGUCAGUUCUGCCGUUUAUGCUGAUUGAGGAAGACAAUUGGAUCCACGGAUUGUUCCCGCCCCUACAAUAUGCGUUCGCGAUCCCAGCGAUCUUUGGGGUUUUUUUCAUUGGCGGCUUGUCGGUCUUCACUCUGGUGAAAAUACGGCACUUCAUUUAAUUGCUAGAAGUCUUAAUGAGGGUUGAUAG